AUGCCUUUUGGUCUGAAGAUUGCUGCACAAACAUUAACAUUCCAGUGUUUCAUUGAUGAAGUUUUACGAAGACCACCAUUUGUUUUUGCUUAUAUUAAUGAUCUACUUAUUGCCAGUAAAGAUGCUGCUGAACAUCAAGAUCGUCUAAUGCAAGUCUUCAAACCUCUGAAUGAUUAUGGUAUCCAAAUUAAUGUAGUGUGUAUGGAGUUUCGUCUGAUGAUUUUCUUGGCCACACAGUUUCUGCAGAAGGUAUCACUCCACUUCCUGCCAAAUGUGAGACCUUUCAACAGUUUCCUAAGCCAACUACAACCAUACAAGAGAGGUCAGUCAGUUGCUCUUGCCUGGAGUCCUGAAGCUGAUAUUGCCUACGAUGCUGUUAAGCAAGUCCUCAGUGCAAUAACUACACUCAACUUUCCCAGUCAAGAUGCCCCAACAGUCCUCCACUACUGA